AUGGCAGCUAUGACGGGCGCGAUGGCGCGCGCAGCGGUCCGCGCGGCGGCGCUGGGCGCCGCACGGAGCAGCGGGACCAGGCUGGCCGACUCGGUGCCGCGCGCCAUCCUCGACUUUGGCUCCAGCCCCAUUGACCGCCAGCUGGUGCUGUCUGCUCAGUUUCUGCUGAAGGAGCUGCCAGUGCGGCUUGCACACAGGGUGGCUGAGCUGGAGAAUCUGCCCUACGGCCUCAGCAGCAAGGCCCAGGUCUUGAAGGUGCGUGACUGGUACGUGGAGUCAUUCAGGGAGCUGAGGGCCUUCCCCGGCAUCAAGAACGGCGCGGAAGAGGCCGCUUUCUCGGACCUGCUGCGCAACAUAUACCGCCGCCACGGGCUCGUCAUGCGCCCGCGUCAGUGA